AUGGCUAGUACAUGCUUUUUUGCGGGACCAUGGAUAGAGCAGGCGGUCGAUGGGUGGAGCAACUGGAUGUACCGGACAGUGGCGCUUCUCAGCUUAGCGUCACAUCUUAUCCUUGUCGUCUUCGCCGACAUCCGCCGGCGCAAAAGCAGAAGUUUGAGGAGAGGGUUGGUGUGGGUGGCAUACCAGCUGACCGACUGGGCCCCAGCAUAUAUCAUGGGCAACCUGUACAUCGAAACCUCGCCGCGCAAGAAGAUGAUCUUCGCCUUCUGGGUGCCGUUCCUCUUGCUACACAACGCUCGCCCUGAUAACAUCAGCGCCUACAGCAUGGGGGACAGUGGGCUCUCGGCGCGCCUAACGAUAGUUGUUCCCUUUCAAACCUUGGGAUCCAUCUACCUUAUGUGCAGGUAUAUACUUGCGGACUAUAGUACCGGAUUGUUGCGCUGGGCCUCCUGCAUCAUGUUGUUCUUGGGCAUUUUCAAGUAUAUAGAGAGUGGGGUGGCGCUAUGGCGAGCCGACUUGGGCUACAUCUGGAGGUCAUUCAAGCAGCAGCGACAGCGGCAGCACCCAAGUAGCUUUGGUGAUGAUUAUGGUGGAGGCAGGGAGCAGGUGCUAGAAGAUGAGAAAGCCCUGCUGGUUGCUCACGACCUGUUCGAUAUUUGCAAGGGUGCCUUUUCCGAUUAUCCGGUGGACCUGCGUCAUCAUAAAACCGGCAUAAGCAUGUUCUCUGGUAGAUGGGAGAGUAUGUGCAAGGUGGUGGAGAUGGAACUCUCCCUUAUGUAUGACAUCCUCUACACCAAGGCAGCCGUAGUCCACACCUGGCGUCUGGCCUCGCCAUUCCUUACCGCCAUCGCGCUCCUGCUGUUUGGCCUCCAGUGCAAAGAGGGCUUGAAGAACUCCUUGAAGACGGAAGAUACAGUUAUCAGUUAUGUAUUGUUGGUGACGACCUUCCUCCUUGACGUGAGAUGCUUGCUCAUUGCACUAACGUCAGCCUGGACACAUUCAUACUUCAAACAUAUGCAAAACAAUUGGUUGAAGCAUGAAUUUUGGUGCCUGGAGAGAUGGGAGAAUCUCCGCCGGUUUGUCGUGCCUCUGGGUCUUUCCCGGCUCUCCAUGUGGUUGGGGACAUGUGAAUGUGCAAAGGAACCGAAAAGCUACAGGAGGUGGCAGGGCAAGUUCCAGGGGCGCAACAUGUUGUCUGAGUGCACUCGUGGCUGGGACACCCUAUACAGCAGAUUUGGACUGCUGAAGAAGAUUGGAUGGGAAGAUCAGCCGAGCGGCCUUAGGAGUCCAGACUAUGUCAGGGAGCUGAAGUUAAAACACGUAUGCACACAGUUCUUUGCUCCUGCAGUGCAGUUUGUCGACAAUAUGGAAGAUGAUCCUCCUGGGCUGCCUGACCCCAGUCAGAAGGACCCUGUCGGUAUGAGACUCACUCCUGUUGAUCUGGAACAAAAUGUGCAAGCUGCACAGUCAAUGCCCAUUCCCUCCGAGCAAGUUGAUCACUGGAGCCUUGGUCACGCCAAUUUCAUGUACGGUCAAGCCCUGCCUGAACUGUAUGAGCAACAGACUGAUCACCGGAGGUAUGAUCGAGCCCUUCCUGAAGCUUAUGAGCGAGUUUAUCCACGGAGGCAUGCCCACACCGGUUCCAACUAUGAUGGGGCACGGCCUGACAUGGACGAGAAAGCUGCUCGCACUAUUGACCAGUCAGACGAAGACAUGUCCUUUCCUCCUGAAUUUCAAGAGGUUAUUCUUAUCUGGCACAUUGCCACAGACAUCUUCCUCUUGUGCAGCCCGAAGAUCAUCGGAGGAGUGCUCGAGGAACAUGUGAAGGGGAUCAAGGAGUUGUCAGAUUACAUGAUGUUCCUCGCCACUGCAAACCACAACAUGCUACCAGGCCGUAAGUUCCACACCAUGUACAAAACAACCCUCAGUUUGCUUAAGAUGCUGGCCAGGGAAUCUAGUUCCAGUGGUUAUACAGGGAAAGAGAAGCUUUCCAUGUGGGAUGCUGGACCACAAGGAUCAUCUUAG